AUGUUUCAGACACCCUGCGCGUUGAAGGGGGCCUGUCGUAGAUCCACCAACUCCUUCGCUCUUCGAGACAUCAUAAGCCCCUGUCUUAACUCUCUUCCCUCUAUUUACCUGGGAUUAGAGCUUUUUUAUUUACUUGUGUACUUGCCGUUCACCUGCACCCAAAUUCAACUUUCUUUGCCUGCAACGGCAGUCACUGGGCCAAAGGGACUAGCAUUAGAAGCCGCUUGCUGUCUCCCGCCCGACCUGUGGCGCCUGAGUAAGUUGAAGUCGCUUACCUUCUUCGACACACCGGCCUACGCCCAUUUGGUGAAGGAGAUCCAGGGUGGCGAGGACCCCUCCCAAGCCCAGCAACACCGCCACCCUCACCCGCCCAAAACCGAAUCCGCCACCGUCGUUCCGAUGCUCAACACGAAGGCCGUUCUUGACUACCUCAAGUCCCUGCCACGCAGCUCGAAGCCGUACAACAAAGUCCGUCUGAUUGUAAUCGGAGCUCCCGAUGUUGGAAAGUCCACAUUCGUCGACGCCCUCCUUCGAUGCGAAGGUCAAAAGGCAAAGACCGCUUCCACCAGCGCUUCUUCUCAAGCCUCGGUAGUCAGCUUGAACGACCUCGUCGUUUCCAGAAAAGCUCCCUGCACUUCGUCAAAAGGUUGGACUGAGACGGUCAAUUUCACAAUUUGGGACUUCAACGUCUCCAACAUGGAAACCACCGCAACUGCUGCUGCUUCCAAGGAAGUGGACGAGGUGACCAUUGCGUCGGCGUUACAGCAAUUCCACAUGUCCAGAACCGCUGUCUACGUGGUCGUGUGGAGGGCGACUGACGGUCCAAGUGGGCUAGAGGUGGUUACCAAGCUCCUCGUAGAUAUUCAGUGCCGAGCUCCGAACGCGCCUGUCUUCAUCGUCGGCACUCACGCAGACAAGCUGGCCGCGGGCGAGACUCUGGAGGCGGCGGCGGCGGAGACAGGUGGGUGUCAGUGGACGAUGAACGAGAUCUCUGACCUCGUGGGGAGGUGUUUCUUCCGUUUCUCUGACCCCGUUGCCAUGGGCAUCCCCCAAUUCCUCCGGGCGCACUUCAUUCUGGACUGUCGCGAUGAGCAGGCUGUUCUCCCUGUACUCACGGCUAUCCACAAGGCUGCCAACUUCCUGAAGCCUCUCUUCCGCAAUCCCCUGAGCACCAGGAAGCCCGAUUCGCAUCAGCGCCUUCUGAGCUACCCUGUGCCGCUCUUGUACCACGACUUGGAACACGUGACGCGGGACUUGGCCAGUGACCUCCACCAGUCCGGCAUUCCGCCCAUCAUCAGUCUGGACGACUUCAUAGCCGAGGCAAACGCCCGACUUCAACAACUCAACUCCGCCGCCCAGACGAGUUCCCGUGGGGGGUUCGACUCCCCGACGGACGCCCGAGCGGCGGUCGCCUUCCUCCACGAGGCCGGUCACGUGCUCUACUUCUCCGGCGCGACCCUCCACCGCGCCAUCGUCGUCGACCCGCCCUGGCUCUUCGGGCUGCUGGUGCGUCUGCUCGGCGGACACACCUCCGCGGCCACGGCCGAAGCCAAGCGGAAAUCGCCCUUCCGCAAGGUCAAGCCGGAUGCGGAGGUCGGCGCGGCGACACCUCUGCCGCCGCCGCCGCCACCCACACCUACCCCUCCCUACGCUAGAGCAGGAGUCCUCAACUUGUCAAGAUUGAAAGACCUGCUGACGGCCAAUGAGGUGCCGCAGGAGGGACCGGUGCUCGAGCAGUUGAUGGGCAAAUUCCACCACUUGGAGGUCUCAUUUGCCCUCACGUAUUUGGUCGGUCUGUUGGCGAAGUUUGAGCUCGCCGUGCCGCUGGACUCACAGCACCUCCUCAUCCCUGCUCUUCUUCCCUCAACGAAGAACACGCCUCUGUCGGAUCCGAGUGGCCUCCAGUCCACCUCGCGACAGAUUCGUCUCACGCCGAAAUGGACUGCAGAUUCUGAGCGAAGCCUGCUGGAGGACUCUGACCCGUUGGAUUGCUCGGUGUACACGCUGCCUCGGAAGAAGAAGGAUGGCAACAAGAUCCCUGGACAGGCACCGCCUCUGCAUCACUCCGACUCCCUGGAAACCCCACCGCCCACCAAUCACCGCCGCAAUUUCUCUCAGAACAUCCUCUCCAAGCUCACCUCGUGGCAGUCGUCGCUGGUGCCGCGGUCAUUGCGUGGCGGGAAGUCGAAGGGGACGGCACUACAGUCGCUUCGCUCCCCGCCCACCCCCCUGGCCGCCGAGUCCUUUCCGCGCCACCUGUCUCCUCUCUCCACCGACCUCUGGCGUCUGGUGCCGCCCCACCCCCCUCCCUACACCGCCACCAGCUUCCUCCGUGGGGACCCCGUGCGUCAGGCCACCCGCAUCCACAGGGGCUACUCUGUGACGCCGCCGUGGGAAUUGCAACCGGACUGCCGCAACGAAGUCCUCCGCGUCUACGCUCUUACCUACAUCCCCGCCGGCUUUUGGACGCGUCUCAUCACCCGCCUUCUCACCGACAGCCAUCUGAACUCGGUUUGUGGAAACCUCUACAACCUGUCGAGUAUCCAACCCGAGCUUGCAGCCAGCCUGCUGACAAUGGAACCGUCCAGUGCCCAGUCGGCGGGGUACACCGAAAGCAGUGACGGUGGAUGUGAACUCUUUCCCGGCUGGUCUCUGUCUCGCACAGGACUUCAGAUGACAUUGGCUGGAGGCAGUAUCCCCGUCUUUACCCUGGAGCAAGUCGGCGAAUCGGCCUCAUCUGUGAUCGCGGUAAGAAAUUCAUCUUCCGAUUUCAUCAGUGCUGCCCCCUUUUUUCCUCUCUUUGCUCUGCUAGCGUCUCGUCGGGGUCGUAAUCAUCACCCCUCCUCAUUCGUCGUCGUUGGCGUCAUGAGUAGCUGCGAGAUCGGGGCAUCGUCGAAGCACUCAAUCGCUGAGUUGGGCGCCGAGGCGAACGAGUUGACGAGGGUUAAGGAGCCUUGCGAAGGUGCUCUGACGCUUUGCGAUCGCGACUUCAAGGCGUGGGACCUUCGUCUACUGCGACUCUCGACUGGCGCCGCUGAGGCAUUUCGUGAGUGCUCGCGAGGGCAGGACUCAAGGCGGGUCGCAAACUCCUCCGGUCUCCUUGAAGAGCCCUUCGGUAAGCACUGUCGCCUCGUUUUCCAACCGCUCACAUUCCCGUGGUGCUGUUGUCUAAUCAAAAUUGCCCAUUACCAAGUUGUAUGA